CUCUGCGUCUUUGCCUUCACACUGACCCAUCAGACUGAGCAGCAGGAGAGCGUAAACGCCGGGUCAACGGGCGAGAAGCUGCUGCAGGUCCCUCUCCGGUUUAUUGCAGGCAAUAAGUCUGCAGGGAGGUUUUAAAACUCAGCACAUGCUGCAGGCAGCGUCACUGCAGGAGGAACCUGUCAAGAUGAGGUGGUGUGUCGCUGUUGUCCUGGCAGUGCUGCAGCUCUGCAGCCCGGCGCUGCAGUCUGACCCGCUGCUCUACAUCUCCCAGCUGCAGGACGGACAACAGCAACCCAGCAAACCAUGGCUUAACCCCACGCUGCAAGAUGUUGUCCCUUCCCGUGAAGUCAGCCAACCUCCUCAAAUCAGAGACAUCCCAGAAACUGAGACGACCUCACACUCCUUCCCCAUGUUUGGUGAACACACCAACCUCAAAUGGGUCACGUGGAAUGGCUCCCUCCCAAAUGGCGCCGUCGCCAUCUUCAACGGCUACACGGAACGCACUGACUACGUGUGCAAAGUCAACUGUGAGGCCGGCUUCUACACUCCCAGCAAAGGGAACUUCUGCCAGUACCCGUACGCAGACAGCGAGUAUGCAUCCUCCAAGUUUGAAGUGCUGGUCAACGUGGACCACUUUGAGUUCCUUCAGUGGGUUGAAGAUUCGUACGGGUCAGUCCCCAGUUACGCCAUCAAAACCUGCCCCAACAGGGACAUCUAUGUGGGGAAAAACAAGUACGGUCUUGGCAAAGUGGUGACCCAACACGAGGCCUUCUUUCUUCCCUGGGAGGGUGAUGAGUACUGGUACAAGAGUUACCAGGUUCUCGCUAUCAACAGAGACAGCUACAGCCAGCACAUCUCUCACGUAGAGUACGCCAUCGACCAGAUGGAGCUGUUCCACCAUCCUCCGGAGGCCCUGCAGCUCGCCAAAGUCACCAACCUGGAGUGCAAAAGUGUGGAGAAGACAGUGAAACUGGAGAAGACCAGUACAGUGGAGAAGCACUGGGACAUCGGAAGAGAAACCCGCAACGGCUCCAUCUCCACCAUGAAGGCCAAAGUGCCCAUCCUUGGCCCGGGGACGGUGGACUUCACCAAGGAGUAUACGGUGACCUUCUCAGAGGGAACAACCAUGGUGGAGUCCAUCAGCCACUCUGUCUCUGUGGAGCUGCUGGUCCCACCCAACCACUCCUGCGCCGUGAGGAUGGACGGCAGGAAGAUGACGGCGGACAUCCCCUUCACUGGCAGGCUGAGCAGGACCAACCACAACGGAGACACCCACUGGACGUACAUCACGGGCAUCUACGACGGCGUGAGUGUCGGUGAGAUCAACGCUGUGGUGGAGAGAUGUCAGCCGGUGACUGACGCAGUUCCCUGUCCCUCGACUCAAGAAUGAGGAUCAGUCUGUUGGACUCACAGCUCAAAAGACAAAAAAAUAAAUGUUUCCAAAUAAAAUACAAUUAAAAAUGU